AUUGUUAAAAAAAAAAAAUAAAAAAUUAAAAAAUCAUAAAAAUAAUUAAUACAUUGAUUUAGAAUAAUGAGUGAGUCAGAGAAUUCUGAUUUGGCAACCCAAAAUGCCGCUCUACAGGCGGUACCACGCCCUGCUUUUAUGCCAGAAGCCUUUGAUGGCCGUACAGGAAAUUGGUUAGAUUGGUUUGGCCAGUUUGAACUGGCUGCAGAGUUAAAUGGCUGGGGAAAUGAUUUAAAGGUAAAAUUUUUGACCUUGCUUUUGAAAGGAAAAGCUAGGGAGGUGUUCUUGGGAUUACCUACUGAUGCUAGAAGUAAUUAUGGCCAGCUCAAAACUUAUUUGGGAAAAUAUUUGGUUCCACCGGCUAAUGUGGAAGUGGAUAAAUUGAAUUUUCAGGGUUGUAAGCGUUCCCUAGCUGAGUCUGCUUGUGAUUUUGGUAACCGAGUGAGGAGGUUGGCUCAGUCUGCCUAUCCGGGGGUUGAUGGGGCAGUUGUAGAUAUGCUGGCCAAGGAUCAUUUUGUUACUAAUGUUGGGAAAGGAGAUGUACGGAUGCAGCUUAGGGCGGCUAAACCCAGAAGUCUUGAGGAUGCUAUUACUCUGGCCACUGAACUAGAGGUUUUAAGGGAAUUGGAAAAAGGGGAAAUGUCAGCGGAAGCUAGGGUUCGGGGGGUUCAAGUAGAUCGGGAGCCACAAGUGCCAGCUGCUUUCUUAACUGAUGUGUUAAAGGCUAUUGAUCAGCUGACUAAAGAAGUGCAGGAGUUGAAAGAUGACAGGCGGGGUUCAACCAGCUCCAUUCCAGUACAACAGCCAUUUAGGCCAAGAGUUGCUUCUGAUCCAUCUGGCAAGCGAUGUUGGCAGUGUGGGGAAGUGGGCCAUUUAAGUAGAAACUGUCUUAAGCAGUCGGGAAACUAGAGUGGGUGGGUGCACAGGGCUGCUCACUCACCCCUCCAGAUACCCUUAGCCAGCCCUCCUGUGUUAAUAAAGACCCUGGAUUGGGAUUUUACGUAGAUGGUCACUUUAUGGGAUGUAGAGUUAAGUGUCUUAUUGAUACCGGUGCACAGGUUUCCCUUGUUAGUGGUGAUUUCUUUGAGUCAUUGGGGGACUUUUCCAGGGAUUUGUUGGUAUAUCAGGGAGAGGUGCGAACUGCGAAUGGAGCCCAGUUAGACAUCUUGGGUACCUGGGAAGGACUAUGUUCAUUUGAUAAUCUACAGUUGAAUCACAGGUUUUUGGUCUGUAGAGAUCUUAGUCAGUCUGUUCUUUUGGGCACAGAUUUCCUCUCCAAGUUUGGAGCAGUGAUAGAUUUGCAAGCUUAUACAUGCUCAUUACUGGGUAAGAGACUGCCAUUAAUUGGGUUUUUGGGUAAGGGGGAGGUUGGAAAAGUGGUAGUGAAGGAAGAUGCCGUGAUUCCCCCUCGUUCAGAAGUGAUGUUAUGUGGUCUGGUCCCGGGGCUUUGCUCUGAUAUGUAUGGCCUUAUUGAGCCAAGUGAUGUUUUUAUGGAACGCCAGGAUGUGCUCAUGGCUCGCUGCCUAAGUUUGGCUGAUAAAGGAGAGGUUUUGUUAAGAGUGAUGAAUAUUUCGUCAGAACCAAUAGAGCUUAAGGCAAAAAUGACUCUCGGCUCAUUUUCUCCCGAAGUAGAGCUUUGCUCUCAGAGCAUUUCGGACGGUCCAUCUGACUGUCCUUCCCCUAGUAUGCUGAAUCAGCUACUUGAGAGCCUAAAUAUUUUUGAUAGAGGUUUUAAUGGGGAUCAGUUGAAAACAGUGAGAGAGCUAAUUGGGGCUAAUAUAUCAGUAUUUAGCUCCGGGCCACAUGAUUUGGGACGAACCCAUCUUAGCUUGCAUCGCAUCAACACUGGCGACGCCCCGCCAAUCAAGCAAGCUCCAAGAAGAGUCCCUAUUCACUUGCAGGGCGAGAUGCAACAAGAGAUUCAGAGUAUGUUGAGCCAUGGGGUCAUUAGUCCUUCUCAUAGCCCAUGGGCAGCUCCAGUAGUCCUCGUCAGGAAGAAGGAUGGGUCCCUACGGUUCUGUGUUGAUUACAGAAAGUUAAAUGAUGUCACUGUAAAGGAUGCUUAUCCCUUGCCCAGAAUCGAUGACGCUUUGGAUUCGCUUGCUGCAGCCAGAUGGUUCUCUACCUUGGACCUAGCAAGUGGAUAUUGGCAAGUGGAGAUUGAUGCAAAGGACAAGGAGAAGACUGCUUUUGCUACUAGAAGUGGUCUAUUCGAGUUCAACGUCUUGCCAUUUGGUUUAUGUAAUGCACCAAGCACUUUUCAGCGUCUUAUGGAGUUAGUUUUGGCAGAUUUGCAGUGGACUUCAUGUCUUAUUUACCUAGAUGAUAUAAUAGUCUUCGGAAGGACUUUUGAAGAACACCUGGGUCGUCUGCAGGCGGUGUUGGCAAAAUUAAAAGAAGCCAACUUGAAGGUUAAGCCCAGUAAGUGCCAGCUUUUUGCAAAAGAAGUGCAUUACCUGGGCCAUAUAAUUUCCCAACAUGGCAUUAUGACAGAUCCAGCGAAAGUAACUGCAGUUAAGGAGUGGAAGAUUCCUCAAAGCCAAACUGAGGUGCGCAGUUUUUUGGGACUGGCCUCCUAUUAUAGGAGAUUUGUGCAGGGCUUUGCUGAAAUUGCUAGACCCCUUCAUAAGCUUACUGAAAAGGGGGCUAAGAUGGUCUGGAGUACCCAGUGUCAGAAUGCUUUUGAUGAACUAAAAAGACGACUGGUGACAACUCCUAUUUUAGCUUUUCCAGAUCCUGAGAAACCAUUCCUGCUUGACACAGAUGCCAGCGAUGUGGGGGUCGGUGGAGUUUUAUCUCAAUUAGUGGAUGGAAAAGAAAGAGUCAUAGCCUAUGCAAGUAGGGCUUUGAGUAAAACUGAGAGGAACUAUGCCACUACCAAAAAAGAGCUAUUGGCAGUGGUUACAUUCAUGAAGCAUUUUCGGCAUUACCUUUUGGGGAGACGGUUUGCACUUCGGACAGACCAUAGCUCCCUGAAGUGGCUUCAUAGUUUCGAGCAGCCUGAAGGCCAGAUUGCACGAUGGCUGGAACAGCUAGCCUCUUUCGAUUAUGAGAUUGUCCAUCGUCCUGGAAAAAAUCACGGGAAUGCGGAUGCUAUGUCACGUGCCCCCAUGCAGGAUCUGCCUAAGGCUGUUGUUGGACAAGUAUCUGAAGACCUGGAGAGGAAUGGGAUGAGAUGGGAUUGGAAGAUGGAACAAGCAAAGGACGAACAACUCCGGAAAAUAAGAGACUGGGUGGAAAGACAUGGAGCAACUCCCCCUGAUGAGGUGAAGCGGGACCCACAAUUCAGAGGCUACUGGAAUAUGUGGAGUACCCUUUGUGUGGAGAAUGGGGUGCUAUGGAGUCAACAGAGGGGUGUCGGCAGUGUUGACCUAUGUAAACGGGUGGUUGUUCCUAGAGAAUUGGUACCAGAACUGUUGCAGCUCUUACAUAAUUCUAAGACAGGUGGUCACUUGGGUAUUGCAAAAUUGAAAGAUAAGAUCAGGACACGCUUUUAUUGGCCUAAGUGGAGUAGUGAUGUUAUUGAUUGGUGUAAGAAGUGUGAGCUGUGUGCAGUUUUUAAAACUUCUGGAGCAGAGCCCCGGGCACCAUUACGACCAAUACAAGCAGGGUACCCUUUUGAGAAGCUGGGUAUAGACAUUGUGGGGCCCUUACCAGUUACAUCUCAGGGUAAUAAGUAUAUAAUUGUUAUUGCUGAUUAUUUUACAAAAUGGUGUGAGGCUUUUGCAAUGAGGGCCCAAGAUGCGGACACUGUUGCGAGGACUGUGGUGGAGCAGUUCAUCCUUAGGUGGGGUACCCCUCGUAGCAUUCAUACAGACCAAGGCAAGAAUUUUGAUUCAGCUCUAUUUCGAGCAAUUUGUGAAUUACUGGAUAUUCAUAAAACUAGGACAACACCCUAUCACCCGAGUUCAGAUGGUCUAGUUGAGCGGUUAAAUCGCACCAUUACGACAAUGCUUUCAAUGUUUGUGGAUGCUAAUCAAGGCAAUUGGGACGAACUACUCCCAUAUGUUAUGAUGGCAUAUAGAAGUAGUGUCCAAACUUCCACUAAGUUUUCCCCUUUUUGUGCAGUUUUUGGAAGAGAGAUUGUAAUGCCUGCAGACCUUUUGUUUAAUGUGGAAGUUGCAAAGUCUUAUAGCUCAGUUGGGGGAUAUGUAGAGGAGCUUGAGGGGAGACUUCGAUCAGUUAACACUGCUAUCCAUAGACAUCAGGAACUUGCAUCUCAGGGCCAGAAAACUUUUUAUGAUUUAAAGGUGCGAGGACCAAAGUAUCAAGUGGGAGAUCGAGUAUGGGUUCAGGAUAGGGCUAGGAAAAAGGGCAGAUGUCCUAAAUUCCAGAGGCAUUACAAGGGACCAUACAUUAUUAGGGAACAAAUUUCAGAAGAACUUUUUAGGUUAUCUGGACAGGGAAGACCUGGGUUUGUUGUCCAUUAUAACCGCCUUAAGCCUUGCACACGGUCUUUUUCAGCGGCAAAGAAACUGGGUAGCGCAGUCUGGCCCCAAGAGGGAGGCCGAGGCGAAGCAAGUCCCAACCACCCCCCUGGUCAAAGAGACGCCGAAGUACCUGCAACAUGGUGGAUGAUGCGGGGACGAAGGGGACAGGCCAGUGCGGCUCAAGAGACAAAUUCAACCAGACCUAUAGGUGGGGAAGGGCAAGACACCUCAUGGCAGAGGGCAGAACAAUUUACAGGUUCUUCAGCUGCCCAAGAAGAACUGCAGAGUGCUGGACAGCAGGGAAGGGACUUUGGACAAGGUACCUCUACUGCACAUCAGCUACCUGUUUUGGUUUCGUCGCAGAGGGUGGAACAGCCUACAAGUUCAUCAGCUGUCUUGCAGGAGUCGAGGAGUGCUGGGCAACAGAGAGGCGAUUUUGGGCAAGGGGCUUCUCUCGGACAUCAGCUGUCUGGUUUAGAGACAAUUUUAAAUGAACCUCAUCGGCGUACUGCCCAUAGACCCGUGCGGAAUUCUAGGACCCCUACUUGGCAAAGAGACUAUGUGAUGGACUAAGGGAAGACCCGAGGACGGGUCUUGUGCAAAAGGGGGGGUAGUGUAAUGAUUGCGCAAUCUAGAAGGCGUGGGGGAUUAGGGCGGAACCUGUGCGCAGCACAGGUGAGCAGCACGGACACUAUAAAGUGAGGGAACUUCUGCUGCGCGAGGUCGGCGGCAGUGUAGUUGUUUGCAUGCGGUUAAGAGAGUGAACUGAAUCUGGCUGUGGCGUUGACGAGGGUGACGACCAAGCACUUGAGAUAAACUGUAAUUGCGAGGGCUAGAGUGUGGAUUGAGCUGACGCGCUGCUGAAGUGACUCGCUGCUGAAAUGAAUCGCUGCUGAAGUGAUUCGCUGCAAAAUGAAUCGCUGCUGAAGUGACUCACUGCCGCCCUGAACGAGUGGCCUGGGGCGAUUGCCGGGCCACGUGUGACGCCGUGAAGGCUGCACGGGGUUAUUCGAGGACGACUGAAAUGCCGGGUCAGUCUGCUCUGUUUUAGAGUUCAUAAUUUUAGUUGGGUCGACCUUUUCUUUUCUUAGUAUAGAUGUUCUAGUUUUAAUCUAAUGAUAAGAGUCAUUUUAGGGAAACAGAUGAGUUCAUAGGUGAGAUGGAUUAGAUUGUGAGAUCCGUGGUUUUUCUAAGCGAUAUAACAACUCUUGGUCUUGUAUUUUGACUGUGUAAGCCACAUUUAACUAUUAACUAUACUAGUCUAUACCCUGUUAUCUUGGUUGGGUCCCUGUGAGUAACGUUGGGCAUUUUAAGAGGGGAGUUACCAAUGUAUUGGAGGCUGUGGUGUGCAGUGUAGUGGAAAUGCAGGUGGUUUUUAUCCAUGUGUGUGAAGAUGUGUAUUUUUAGGGUGUUGUGCUAUACUAGUUGCUGUGGGUUGGCCGUCUGAAUCUAAUAUUGCACUUGACUUUUACUCUCUUUGUGAUGACUUUAUAGGAUACAGUUUCCCAUAAAUUGUGCCCCCUUCCCCUGAACUUAGUCUGGGAACCAGCCAUUUUUACCCUGCGUAUAUAAUAAAGUUUGAUAUUUAUUAUACCAA